AUCGGCGGUGGCGUGGACGGCAUCGCGCAAUAGGCUAAGGUCGCUCGAGAGUGCAAGCUGCAGCGUCGGAACCUCGGUAGACGUGCGGACGCUGCAUCGAUCGAAGAGUUUUUAAGCUUUGGUGCUGGCUGGGCUUGAGCGACCUUAGGAGGCACAAGCCCUCCUAACCCUUCUAUUAUGCGCCGCGCCGGGCGGUUAUGGCAUAUACCUCGACGCCAUCGAUGCGACGCCGUCCCUGGGACUGCGCCUGCUCGCUGGCGUGCGUGGUUCACGCCAUCAGCACAAGCGGACGCUCGUCCCGACCCGCCGACGCCGUCCCUGCGGCUAGAAGGCGUGCGACGUCGACGCCGUAACGGCGGAGAGAGCGGAGAGAGCACCACACCUAACGCAACCAUCACGCAGGCGAACGCGGUCGGGACCACCAUGGCGUCCGACCAGGUCAUGGGCCAGGGGCCCUUUGACAUGAAGUACUUUUUGUCCGGUGCACUCGCGGGCGGCAUCUGCUGCUCGAUCACGCACGGCGGUCUGGUGCCCGUCGACGUCGUCAAGACGAAGAUCCAGCUGCAGCCGGAUGUUUAUAAUAAGGGCUUCAUCGGGGGCUUCGGCCAGGUCAUCGAGGCCGAGGGCAUGAACGGCCUCCUGACCGGCCUCGGCCCGACGGCCCAGGGCUACUUCAUCCAGGGCUGGUUCAAGUUCGGCGGCGUCGAGUUCUUCAAGAUCAACAUCACGAAGAGCGUCGGCGAGCAGAAGGCCUGGGACAACCGCAACUCGAUCUACUUAGCGUCCAGUGCCAUGGCCGAGUUCAUCGCGGACAUUUUCCUCUGCCCCUACGAGGCGUGCCGCAUCCGGCUGGUCAGCGACCCGGCCUACGCCGACUCCAUGGUCGGCUGCGCGUCGAAGAUGAUGGCCGAGCAGGGCUUCGUCGGCGCCUUCUACUCCGGGUUCGUGCCCAUCCUCUGCAAGCAGAUCCCCUACACCAUGGCCAAGUUCGCCGUCCAGGGCAAGGCCGCCGAGAACAUCUACACGGCGCUCGGGUCGUCGCCGGACAAGCCGCCGGCGAUCGGCAACCUGGGCGUCUCGCUGGCUUCCGGCGUCGUGGCGGGCGUCGCAGCGGCCAUCAUCUCCCACCCGGCGGACACGCUCCUCUCGAAAAUCAACAAGAAGGGCGCCGGCGGCGAGGGCGGCAUGUUCACGCGCAUGGGUAGAAUUGUGGCGGAGACGGGCCUCGUUACGCUCUGCACGCAGGGCCUCGGCGCGCGCUGCGUCAUGAUCGGCACGCUGACGGCGGGCCAGUUCGGCAUCUUCGACAUCAUCAUGGGCAUGACGGGCGCCAAGAAGUUCCACUUCCACGACCCGUCGAAGCUUCACUAGAUAGUAUAUCCUCCCCCCCGCCGGUUAUAGAUAGAUAGUACACGUCUCCUGGGCCCGC